AGCCCGAAUCCCCAGCCAGAGAUCCACCGGUGCCCGGCUAUAAAAAGACCCCUCGGACCACUCCACCAGCAUCAUCACCUUCCCCUCGAUCGAGCUCGAGCCUCCUCGUCACCGCACCACUUGUCCCCUGGCUGCUCGCUUGAUUCUGCCAGCACGAUCGAGCACGUGAUAUUCAAGUAGACAUGGACACGGUGCUGCCGGAGACCGCGGCGGAGGCCGGCAAGCAGGGCGCCACCCUGACGGACGCCUGGGACUACAAGGGCCGCCCCGCCGCCCGCGCCUCUACCGGCGGGUGGGGGUGCGCCGCCAUGAUCCUGGGAGCGGAGCUGUUCGAGCGGAUGACCACGCUGGGCAUCGCGGUGAACCUGGUGCCGUACAUGACCGGCACCAUGCACCUCGGCAGCGCCGCCGCCGCCAACACCGUCACCAACUUCAUCGGCACCUCCUUCAUGCUCUGCCUCCUCGGCGGCUUCAUCGCCGACACCUACCUCGGCCGCUACCUCACCAUCGCCGUCUUUUGCGCCGUCCAAUCAGCCGGCGUCAUGGUGCUGACGAUCUCGACGGUGGCGCCAACGCUGCGGCCGGCGCCGUGCGGAGAUAUGACAGGGCAGAGCGCCGGCUGCGUGCCGGCAAACGGGACGCAGCUCGGGGUCCUGUACCUGGGGCUGUACAUGACGGCGCUGGGCACGGGCGGGCUCAAGUCGAGCGUGUCCGGCUUCGGGUCGGACCAGUUCGACGACUCCGACGACGGCGAGCGCAAGAAGAUGACGCGCUUCUUCAACUGGUUCUACUUCUUCGUCAGCAUCGGCGCGCUGCUCGCCGUCACCGUGCUGGUCUACGUGCAGGACAACGUCGGCCGCCGCUACGGCUACGGCAUCUGCGCCGUCGGCAUCCUCGCCGGCCUCGGCGUGUUCCUGUCCGGCACCCGGAAAUACCGGUUCAAGAAGCUCGUGGGGAGCCCGCUGACGCAGGUCGCCGCCGUGACGGCCGCGGCGUGGAGCAAGCGUGCCCUGCCGCUGCCGUCCGACCCGAGCAUGCUCUACGACGUCGACGACGCCGCUGCAGCCGGCGCGGACCUCAAGGGCAAGCUCAAGCUCCCCCACAGCAAGGAGUGCCGAUUUCUCGACCAUGCGGCGGUCAUUGACCGCGAGUCGCCGGUGGCUAAGAGCAAGUGGAUGUUACGCACGCGGACGGAUGUGGAGGAGGUGAAGCAGGUGGUGCGCAUGCUGCCCAUCUGGGCGACCACGAUCAUGUUUUGGACGAUCCACGCGCAGAUGACCACCUUCGCCGUCGAGCAGGCCUCUGUCAUGGACCGCGCCAUCGGUGGCUCGGGCUUCCUCAUCCCCGCCGGCUCCCUCACCGUCUUCCUCAUUGGCUCCAUUCUCCUAACCGUGCCCCUCUACGACCGCCUCGUGGCCCCCAUAGCACGCCGGAUCACAGGCAAUCCACAGGGGCUCUCCCCGCUGCAACGCGUCUUCGCCGGCUUGUUCCUCUCCAUCGCCGGCAUGGCCGCCGCCGCGCUCAUCGAGCGCCAUCGGCUCACCUCGUCAGCGCGCGGGGACAUGCUCACCGUGUUCCUGCUCAUGCCCCAGUUCCUGCUUGUCGGCGCCGGCGAGGCCUUCACAUACAUGGGCCAGCUCGCCUUCUUCCUGCGCGAGUGCCCCAAGGGAAUGAAGACCAUGAGCACGGGGUUGUUCCUCAGCACGUGCGCACUCGGCUUCUUCUUCAGCACCCUCAUUGUUACCAUCGUGCACAAGGUCACCGGCCACGGGACGCGGGGCGGCGGCUGGCUCGCCAACAACAUCAAUGAUGGUAGGCUCGAUUACUUCUACUGGUUGCUCGCUGUGAUGAGCGCCAUCAACCUCUGCUUCUUCACUGUUGCGGCUAGGGGGUAUGUGUACAAGGACAAUCGCCUUGCAGAUGCCGGCAUCGAGCUUGCUGACGAGGAGGCCAUGGUCGUUGGCCACUGAAGAUAACCCUGCAUGCUUACAUCGUUGUAUACAUAUGUAACCUUUUUAUUUUGCUUUUUAUCGUUAAAUACCUCUUGCUAACCCUCCAAUUAUAAAUAUGCAAAAUGCGUAGUAGGGUUGUCAACACCUACUUUUUUUUCCUAAGGAAACUUCUGACUUUUCUUUGAUA